AUGACACCGGCCAUCCAGAUGUCACAAUUCGGAGAGCAACUUGCCUUUAUACCGGAGUUUCCUCUGCAGCAACAGCAACAGAAACAGCAGGCAGCCCCACCCAUGGCCUCGUCUGGGUCGAUCUCCGGAACAACAUACGCGCAUUCGCCUGGAAUGUCCUCCCAGCCCAGCAACGGCGUUAAAUCUCCUGACCACUCACCCAAGGUCGAGACCUUCUCGGCUGAGACCAAAUGCACGCCAGACUUCUGUUCAACGCCCAAAACACUGAUGUCGCCUAUGGCGGUGACACAAGAACCCGUGAAGGAGGGCGAUACUAUCAUGCUUUCGCACGGGGAGCUGGACCUGGACUUCAACAAGUUCAGCCAGUUUGCGCUGGGCCUGGGAAAUUCGUCCCAGCAUUUCAUGACACCCUAA